CCAGCAUCCACGAAAACAAUAAUGCUAUAAUUCAAACGGAAUUCCAUGUACAUGCAGUUGUUGUUCACCAAAUCUCAAGCAUUCACAUGAAAGCUUACAGGUAGAUACAAAUCUAUCCCCGGAAGAAAUCCAGCAAUCCUUACCUUUGCGUUAUGAUCUUGGUAGCGGAGAUUGGCCGCUUACUGCCGACGUUCCUAGCUUUGAUCCGUUCCUCUAGUGAUAGCUGCUUUAAUGCACUAUGAUCAGCUUAAUUCUUUAUUUUUUAUCGUUUUAAGUUGGCAAGGUAUUAAGUUGACUCACAAAUCUACAAUCCUGCUUGACUUGAAGGCAUGGUGGGGGGAAUGUAAAAAAGCAAUAAUCUACAAUAAUGGACGCGGGAGAUUGUAGCCACUUCGAGUACAUUGGAACCAACAACAGUAGCAUUACCCACAAGUCAAAAAAAUGUUAACCGGCAUCUCAGAAGUCUGUAUGUACACGGAAAUGAGGGUAGAUGAGGAUGACAAAAGGCAAUUCUUCGUACACCAUGUCAUAUAGGCAGAUUAAGAACGGAGAAGUAUCUUCUACCUUUUAAACGCUUGGAAUGGUGCUUAGUAGCAGCCGUAUCAC